AUGGCGGAUUAGCAGAUGAGCGAUGAUGCUGCUGAGAUUCUUUAAUAACCACAAAGACAUCCAUUUAAGAUCUUGCUUUCAAACGAAGUAUCAACAUGCGUUAGAUUCUCACCCAUUUAAUAAGAGUCGACAUUGAUGUGUACUUCAAAUCUAACCGGAUCGCUUAAGUUAUUUCGAAUGACCAAUGAAAACAUUCAAAAUGGAUUUAUUAGCAAUGAUAAGUUAGAGUUAGUCCAUGAGUUUAAGGAUCAUUUAUUCCCUAUUAAUGACAUUAAUUUCUCAACAUACUCAUCCUCACUCUAGAAUCCAUACUUGGCUUCUUGCUCAGAUGAUACUCUCAUUAAUAUGUACGAUUUAACCAAAUAGGCUUUGGUAAGAUGCUUUAUUGGGCACUAGUCUUAUGUCACGAAAAUUAAGUUCAACAAUGUGACGAAUGUACUCCUAAGUUGUGGAACAGACAACAAAUUGAUAAUGUGGGAUAUCAGAUCAAACAAAGCAAUCUUUAAAAUUCUUGGACAUCCAGAGCCAAUCACAUCUAUUGACAUGUCUUUUGACAAUACAAUGAUCAGCAGUUCAUCUUAUGAUGGUUUUGUAAGACUCUGGGAUAUGUUUAAAGGAACUUGUUUAAAGACAAUGGUUGCAGAAAGUGGAAGCGAUUCUCCAAUUGGUUUAUGCAAGAUGACACCCAAUAGCAAAUACUUGCUCUUUGCAAAUCUUAAUAGCAAAAUCGGCCUAUAUAACUAUAAAAAUGACAUUGUUAAGCAAUAUAUUGGGCAUUCGAAUGAAUAAUACUGUCUUGAUGGGCUUUUUGUCAAGAAUAAGCAGAAUGAUAAGAUGGUGUUACUGUAUGGUGGAGAAGAUAGUAGACUUAGUGGUUGGGAUUUGAAUUCUCAGGAUGUGAUAAUUAGUGCUAAUUUAGAUGUGGAAAAUAAGGGUAUGCUUGUUAAUUCUGUUGAUUAUGAUGUUAAUAAUGAACUUGUUGCAGCUAGUGGAAAUUUUAAAGGAGUGUAUAUUGAUUAAUUACAUAAUCUUAUCAAGCAAUGA